UUGCGAAUCAAAUCGUAGAACUGUCGUCUUGAACUCAAUAAUAUUAUUACUACCUCCGCUCUAAUAAGGAAUGAGUAAACACGUCCAUUAAUACAGAAGAUUUAUAAAUGCUCUUCAGACAUGGAAGAAGAAACACAAGACGAUAAGCCUUCCGCUUCUAUUUUCUCUCGAUACAGGAGUCCUACAUUUAGUAGGAAUGAAGUUCAAACCUUAAUAAAUAUUGUCGAAAGACACAAGUACACAAUCCUUAAUAAAUCAACUAAUUCGGCUGUGAACCAAGCCAAAGAGCUUUCAUGGGAGAAGAUAACUAAAACAUUUAACAGCAGGGGUUUCAAGCACGAGCGAACCACAGAUUCUUUGAAGACAAAGUGGGAAAAUCUUAAGAAAGAUGCAAGAAAACUUGCAAAAAAUGUAGUAGAUGAUAACAACAGUUACAGUGAUCUGACUAGGCAAAUAGUGGCCAUGAUGUCUGAUGUAGAGGCCAAUACUCCUAUGGAACAGAGCCAAAACAUGGAGGAUAGUGAAGAAUUUAUUGAGCCUGUUUCAAAUGAUGAAAAAUUAAGUCAAAACUUGAAAAUAAAGUCCUAUUGGGAGAGUGUAGAAGAGAAAGAUUCUGAUGACUCGCAUUAUGGGAAUGAUGGUGAAAAGAGAACUAACCGAUCCCUUAAUUUCGCCCCACAAGAGUGCAGCCUCCUACUGGAAUGUGUUCGGAAAGAGAAGAGGUUUGUGUUCUCUAAAGAAUAUAAUGCACACGCCAUUGGGUUGAAGAAUAAAGCUUGGAAAAGGAUAUCAGAAGCUUUCAACAAUAAGAGUCCUCAAAAGAGAUCCCAGAAGGUUUUACGCACAAAGUUUAAUAACAUGAAGACAGUGGCUAAAACCAUGGGUAUCAAAGAUGCUGUUAGGAAUUUUGAUAUGAAUAAUACAAAACAUGAAAAAUUGAUAAAUGAAAGCGCCAAGCCAAUCAAGUCGGAGCCUAUGUUCGAAAUGGAAUUGGAGCUAAACGGGCCAGAUGACGACGACCGUCACAACUCAGACAGCAACCACUUCGCGCCAGAUCCGCUCAGCACUGUCCUUAAUAGCGAUUCUGGAAUAGGUUCAACACACUCGAGUUCUUGGAGUCGAGAUAAUAAAGAAGUAGCAAAUUUAAAAUUGAAACUAUUAAAUUACAAAAUGGAAACAGCGAGACUGGAAAGGCAAAGGCUAGAAGAAGCCGCUCGCGCAUCAGCCGCGACCCGCGAGUCAGACUCUAUCGCCGCUGCCCUACGCCUCCGAGCGGCGCGUCUCGAAGCCGUCGCGGCCGCCGCCAAGCUGCCGCCGCAGCACCCCGCGCUACUCUUCACUCCCGAGGAACAGCCCGCGGAGAGAUACUUGCGGCAGUAUGAACAUACUUGAAGAUGUUAGUACUUUCUUAUUAUUGUUACUUUUUUUGAACGGGACUGUUGAAUGCUUUGAUCGCUAAGAACAAUUUUAAAGUCGAAUCAUGUCAGGCCUGUAGCGCACAAAUUAUAAGCAUACUAUCAAAGUAACAUUCAGGUGUGCAAAGUUUACAUUUGAUUUUGGCAUGUACAUGACAAAUUUACAAGUAGAUAUAACAAGCUUAAGGUCCAACUUAUUAAAGCUCCCAUGUACUCGUAUGUUUAUAAAAUGAAGCUAACAAUUUUAUACAUGCACGCUAGAGGUCUAUGUGUACUGAACCAUUAAUAUUUUUAUAGACAGCGUCAGCUCUUAUGAUGAAUUUGUUUGUAAAUGUUCCUAUAAUAUGACUUUUCGACCUCGUGUAUGACUAUUCUUGGCGGUCGUAGGGUUAAGUCAUUAAGUUCAGCAGUGACACUUGUUGUCUAUAGAUUUUUGUCACGUUUCUUAUAAGUACCACCCAGGCUCCCAUGAGCCGUGGCAGAAUGCCGGGAUAACGCGAGGUAGAAGUAGAAGUCUUAUAAGUACCACCGAAGGAAUCUAAAAUGAAAAUACAAUAACAUAGAUACGAAAAUUUGUAUAUUUUACUUAAUUGCAUUUUACAUGAUGAUAAAUUAUAAUUCAAUAUUAAAAUUAAUAUUUUUUAAA